CCCUUCUGCACCGCCAAAAUUUCAAGAUGGCUGAUAGCAACAAGCCACUGGAGACGCCUUCCGAAACAAUGCGUAAAAAAUCAGAAAGUGAGAACAAACCGUCGCAAUCUCAUGACGAAGACAAUGAAAGUGUUGAAGAACAGCCCCUGGAAAUUGGGGAACAUUAUUUAGUGCAAAGAUCGGAGGAUUCUUGGUAUCCUGCUAAGAUAAUACAGACGAGAUAUGGCGAUAGUGAGUACGAAUAUUACGUGCAUUAUGAGGGGCAAAAUCGGCGGUUGGACGAAUGGGUGCCAAGGGCUAGGAUAAUGUCUUCUACGUUUAAUUUAACGGAAAGUGGACAGAAAAUGCCGACUGACAAAGUGUGGAAAGAGAGGCCUGUUGUUUCUGAUUUAUUGACUGACAGUUCUGAUAGAAAAAUUACCAGGAAUCAGAAGAGGAGACAUGAUGAAAUAAAUCACAUUCAAAAGACAUAUGCAGAAAUGGAUCCAACUACUGCAGCAUUAGAGAAAGAACAUGAACAAAUAACUAAAGUUAAAUAUAUUGAUAAAAUACAAAUAGGAAGGUUUGAGAUCGAUACAUGGUAUUUCAGCCCAUAUCCUGAAGAAUAUGGACGUCAAAGUAAAUUAUGGAUAUGCGAAUAUUGUCUUAAAUACAUGAGAUUAGAAAAAAGUUACAGGUAUCAUAUGAGUGAGUGUACCUGGAGACAACCAGUGGGUAAAGAAAUCUACAGAAAAGGAACACUUUCUGUUUAUGAAGUUGAUGGAAAAGACCACAAAAUUUAUUGUCAAAACCUUUGCCUCCUGGCAAAAUUAUUCCUAGACCACAAAACUCUCUACUUUGACGUUGAACCUUUCCUUUUUUACAUUUUAUGUGAAGUUGACAAACAAGGGGCCCACAUUGUUGGUUACUUCUCCAAAGAAAAAGAAUCUCCAGAUGGAAAUAACGUCGCUUGCAUUCUCACACUGCCCCCUUAUCAAAGACAAGGCUACGGCAAACUUUUGAUAGCUUUCAGUUACGAAUUAUCGCGUUUGGAAGGCACUGUUGGCAGUCCGGAACAGCCUCUUAGCGAUUUAGGAAAACUGAGUUACAGAAGUUAUUGGAGUUGGGUUUUAUUAGAAAUUUUGAGAGACUUUAGGGGCACGUUAUCAAUCAAAGAUUUAAGUCAAAUGACUAGUAUUACCCAAACUGACAUAAUCUCAACCUUGCAAAGUAUGAACAUGGUCAAAUAUUGGAAAGGCCAACACGUAAUUUGUGUCACACCCAAACUGGUAGAAGAACAUAUCAGAUCAAGUCAGUACAAAAGGCCGCGAUUGUGUGUUGACAGUACAGCGUUGCGAUGGGCCCCCAGAAGACACACCAACAAUAAAUUAGGAAAAAAAUAAUUCAAAAUUUAAAUUGUGAUAAUAUGUUUUAAGUUGUAUUACCUUGGAAUGUUUGUUGCUGAAUAAAGUUUUUUUUAUUA